AUGCCAGACACCACGCCCGAGAUCCUCGGGACUACCCUCGAAGCCCUUGGGCAUGAUACCAGCUCCGCCCUCUGGGGCUCUGAACUGUUGCUCUCUCAGCCUGGCGUGAUUAAGGAGGUUCACAGACGGUAUUGGGAGGCAGGAAGUGACCUCGUCGAGAGCGCUACAUACCAGCUCACGCCACAAAACCUUCAAGACCACCUCUCCAUAUCUCCUUCCCAGGCGAGCAACAUUCUUCAGACUGGCGUCAACAUUGUCUCGGACUCUGCGCCUGCUCCAUCCGGGCCAAGCAGACCAGGAAGGGGCGUCGUCCUCUCCAUGGGACCUUUCGGCAGUACCCUCCAGCCAGGGCAAGAGUAUGCUGGCAUCUAUCCAGCUCCCUUUGGCCCCGGGGGAUCAUCAAACAGCUUCUUGGAGGACCAAACCGAGCAGGAGGAGGCUGCGGUGGAAGCUCUCGCAGAGCAUCACCUUUCCAAAUUACUCGCUAUCGCUGCCGACGAGCGAACAUGGUCCAAAGUCGAAUGGAUAGCGUUCGAAACCAUUCCCGUUCUUCACGAGGCCAGAGCGAUUCGCCGGGCUAUGGGAAGGCUAGAGAAGAAGCGGGGGGGUGGUAGGAAGAAAUUCUGGAUCGUGGCGCCUUUUCCUGAUGGACUACAUCCUCAGAUCUUGACUUCGGGGAAGCAUGCGCCCCUGUCGCUUUAUCUGUCUACGCUCCUGGGCCUGUCACAGGAGGACUCUGUCCCGGACGGUAUUGGGGUAAACUGCACUAACCCUUCUUAUCUUCCUACUAUUCUCGGCGAGCUCACUUCUCUUGUAACCGCCUAUUCGACGUCAGUGACGAAACCCUGGCUCGUCUUUUACCCAGACGGAGGGCAGGUGUACGACGUCGUCUCUCGAACAUGGACCGUAGCCCCUUCCAGCCCUGCCAAUGCUCAAGAUUGGGCUGAACGUAUUGGCGACUUGGCCAUACGCUAUGGCCAUGCGCACACAGAGGACCAGUCCGAGACGAGGAUCUGGAGAGGUAUCAUCGUCGGGGGGUGCUGCAAGUCGUCUUUCGACGAGAUAAAGGCGUUGCGAACAGUAAUUGAUAGAGCAUAG